GCGCUUCCGGACCGCUCGAGGUGGCGCGCGGCUGAGGGCUGUGCUCGAGGCCGUGGUGGCCUCAGGUGUUCGCGGCGCCCUGCGGAGUCUGUGAAGUGUUAAGGACCAGGCAAACAGUCGCGCAGAUGGGAACAGGAAGAUGGUGCAGAUUGGAAGACAGUGACGUGGUGGCAGCCUGGAGUUGGCCCCAGAGCAGGCUCACCUUUACCAUCUUGUGUGGUUGUGUCCUUGCUGGGCUGAGGUGCUUGCGAAGAUCAGCACGUCCUCACAGGAGCUACCAUGAAGAAAGGAGCUCAUCACCCAAGAACUUGCAAGGGCGGUGUCCCUGCCCUGCUUCCGUGGCCCACCAUGACUCCAGCUGUCUUCAGAUGAUGGGGAACCAGACUGACAAGGCCACCUACCUCUGGGGACUCUGGCCUUGGCCUGGACUCCUUCCCUGGCUUUAUAGGGCCUCCUUCACUUCUGCCUGAGGCCCUGUCCACGGCCACAGGUGGGGCGAGAUGGCUGCUGGUGGCCAGUGCUGCCCUGCUGCACUUCCACUGUGAGGGAAGGGCACCGAGCCCUGGUAGCUGUCGUGCCGGCAGCAAGAAGGGAGCCUGGAAAGCCAGCCUUGCAAGGAGCGCGCCUUUGGGAGCUGCGGGCUUCUGAGCAUGAGGAAGAAACGCACCUGUCCGCUGAGUUUGGGAUUGCGGGUCACCUAAUGAGCUGACUGAUGGAGAAAACGCAGCAAGAAGAGAGUGUUGAUACCAAUCAGAGAAUAUUGAUUCCUGAUUCUUCUAAGAAUUCCUAUUGCGAUCGUAGAAGUUGAACUUCAGGAUGAGGGGUACCAGGCUGAUGGGGGCACUGCUCGCCCUGGCCGGCCUGCUGCAGGUGGCCCUGUCCCUAAAAAUAGCAGCCUUCAACAUCCGGACUUUUGGGGAGACCAAGAUGUCCAAUGCCACGCUCUCUCACUACAUCGUGCAGAUCCUGAGUCGCUACGACAUCGCCAUCGUCCAGGAGGUCAGAGACAGCCACCUGAUAGCCGUGGGGAAGCUGCUGGAUGCACUCAACCGGGAUGACCCAGACACCUAUCAUUACGUGGUCAGUGAGCCUCUGGGCCGCAGCAGCUAUAAGGAACGCUACCUCUUCUUGUUCAGGCCUGACCAGGUGACAGUGCUGGACACCUACCAGUACGACGACGGCUGUGAGCCCUGCGGGAACGACACCUUCAGCCGCGAGCCCGCCAUCGUCCGGUUCCACUCCCCGCUCACCAAGGUCCGGGAGUUCGCCAUUGUUCCCCUCCACGCGGCCCCCCUGGACGCAGUGGCAGAGAUGGACUUGCUCUAUGAUGUCUACCUGGAUGUUCGGCAGAAGUGGGACCUGGAGGACAUCAUGCUCUUGGGCGACUUCAACGCUGGCUGCAGCUACGUGGCCCCCACCCAGUGGGCCUCCAUCCGCCUGCGCACAAGCCCGGCCUUCCAGUGGCUGAUCCCUGACACUGCGGACACCACGUCUACAGCCACGCACUGUGCCUACGACAGGAUCGUGGUAGCCGGAACAGUGCUCCAACACGCCAUCGUUCCAGACUCGGCUGCCCCCUUUGACUUCCAGGCUGCCUACGGCCUGAGCAACCAGCUGGCCCAGGCCAUCAGCGACCACUACCCGGUGGAGGUAACACUGAAGAGGGUCUGACGUGAGCGGAGCCUGGGACGCAGCCUCCCCCAACCCCUACAGCUUUGCCUGUCCUUAUGCUCAUUUGUCGGGGCAGGUCCUGGUCACUCUCUCUGCCUCUGCAGUGUGUGGGGGGCUCGUGGCAACCCAGCGCCCUACCUACCUUCACAGUCCCGACACUGGUUCGUCGCUUAGAUUAACCCAGGUUUGUAAGUAAAAAAUCCUUUUAAGUAAAUAAAGCUCAUAGCGGUUGUUGUCA